CUACAGCUCCUAAACCACCACAUCGCACCAUCACCAACUCCUUCAACAACACCCUAAGGUAUCUCCCAAAAUGUCUAAACCGCCCAUCCCCAACCUGCGCGACAUCUCCGUCGCCAACCCCUCCAUCUUCCGCCCGCGCCUCGUCCUUCGCUCUGCUGCCCCUCCUAACGAGGCCACCCCCGAGCUCGCCGCCCUCAACAUUGACACCGUCUUCGACCUCCGCUCCGGCCUCGAAGUCUCCCACUCCCCGUCGUCCACCUCGUCCGACUACGCCUACGCCGAGCAGUGGCCCGGCGGCCCCCGCCGCGUCCACGCCCCCGUCUUCGCAAACGCCGACUACGGCCCCGAGGCGGUCGCCCUGCGCUUCCGCGAGUACGCCUCGUCCCAUCCCGUGCUCGGCUUCGUCAACGCGUACCGCUCCAUCCUCAAGUCGGGCGCGCCGGCGUUUGCGACGGUGCUCACCUACCUCGCGUCCGACGAGUGGGAUCCCGCCGCUGAGAGACCCAUACUGCUGCACUGCACGGCGGGCAAGGACCGGACGGGCGUGAUAUGCGCACUGAUACUGAGCCUGUGCGGCGUUCCCGAUGAGGACGUGGCGAGGGAGUACGGCCUCACGACGGAGGGGCUCAAGGAUGCGAAGCCGAAGCUUGUCGAGCGGUUGACGGCCUUGCCCGCCUUUGAGGGUGAUCCGGAGGGCGCCGAGAGGAUGCUGAGUUCAACACCCGAGAGCAUGAUGGCUACGCUGGCCAUGCUCCGUGAGGAAUGGGGCUCUGCUGAGCAGUACAUGAUUGACGAGUGCAAACUCUCGCCAGAGACUGUUGCUCGCAUUCGACAGAAGCUCGUCGUUACGAAUUAAGCUGUGUUAUGAAUUAGACUUGUCAUGACGAAUAGCAUGUUCUUUGCGUUUCGUGGUAUAUAUAUAUACAGCAUAUAGG